UUUAGAGCGUCACAUGUUGUUUUUCUCCUGGAACCGAGCAGGCGGCUGCACCGAGGCUCGACUCGCGCUGCACGGCCGACCACGUCCGCUCUUUGCAAUGGAUUAACUCGAAAUCACUCGUUAUCUUUGUUUUGUUUUUGGGGGUCGUUUUUACUCAUCAGGGCAUCGUGUCAUUUUGAGAGAAUUGGUGAGCAAAAUGGCAAGUCCUCCGGCGACGGGAGGACACCUGUUAUCUAACGGGACGAGCGGCGUGAAGAAGUGCGGAUACCUGCGGAAGCAGAAGCACGGACAUCGGCGCUUCUUCGUGCUCCGGGAGCCCAGCGAGCGCUGCUCCGCGCGGCUGGAAUAUUACGAAAGCGAGAAGAAAUGGAGGAACAAGUCUGCUGCGAAGCGGGUCAUAACUUUAGACUCUUGUCUGUGUGUCAACAAGCGGGCUGACGCGAAGCACAAGCACCUCAUCGCCCUCUACACGAAGGACGAGUACUUCGCCGUGGCUGCGGACAGCGAGCAUGAGCAGGAGAGCUGGUUUGAGGUUCUGACCCAUCUCAUCGCUGAGGGUAAAGUCUACGACAGCCCAGCCUCCACGUCCUCCUUGGUUGGCUUUGAGGAGACCAGUUACGGACUAGUUGCCCCUGCAACAGCUGCGUACAAAGAGAUAUGGCAAGUCAACUUGAAGUCCAAAGGUUUGGGUCAGACCAAGAACCUCACCGGCGUCUACAGGCUGUGUUUGUCCAGCAGAACCAUCAGCUUCGUCAAGCUCAACUCUGACCACGCUGCUGUCAGUUUGCAGCUCAUGAACAUACGCAGAUGCGGCCACUCUGACAGCUUCUUCUUCAUUGAAGUGGGCCGGUCUGCGGUGACCGGACCCGGGGAGUUCUGGAUGCAGGCAGAGGACUCGGUGGUGGCGCAGAACAUCCACGAGACCAUCCUGGAGGCCAUGAAAGCCAUGAAGGAACUGUCCGAGUUCAGGCCGCGGAGCAAAAGCCAAUCGGCCAGCACCAAUCCCAUCUCUGUGCCCACCAGGCGCAAUCUCAACAACCUACCCCCAAGUCAAACCGGUCUGGUGCGGAGAUCCAGAACUGAUAGUGUGGCAGCCACGUCCCCGGGGAGGAAGUUCACGUCCUGUCGGGUAAGAACAGCCAGUGAGGGCGAUGGGAGUGUGACCAGGCCUCUGUCGAUGUCCAUCUCUGUGAGUGGAAGCCCCACGAGCCCGCACUCUGCCAGCAACAUCAGCAGGUCACACACGCUGAGCAGCGGACGAACCUGUCGAAUACUGGACUCGUCUUCCAGCCUGCAUCACAGCCUCUCCAUGCCAGUGUCCAACUCCCCUCCUUCUGUCUCCAGCCCCAUCAGCAUGUCUCCCAGAGCCGGGGCAGGACUCUCCACUCCAGAUAAAGCCAGACGACCUUUCAGCUGCAGCGCCUCCAUCUCAGGGUCCCUCAGUGACACUGGUUUCAUCCUCUGUGAUGAGUAUAGUACAAGUCCAGGUGAACCCAGGUUCCUGCUCCUGACUCGCAGCGACACCCCGGACUCCUUAUCCAGUACACCUCCGUCCCGCGACCUGAAUGACCUCUCUGGCUACAUGAUGAUGGAGGGGGUGAAUGGCAGUCGGUCCAGAGCUGGCAGCGACGCCUUUGAAAAGGCUUACAGAAAACGCACGCACUCCCUCACAACACCACGUCAACAGAAGGUGGUUGCGCCUCUUUCCUCUGCCUCUCUGGAUGAGUACACGCUCAUGAGGCUGGCAGACAACACAUACUCUGCCUCCCCGAAAGUUUCCUAUCCUGAAGAUUAUGGGGACAUCGAAAUCGGUUCCUCCAGGAGCUCCAGCAGCAACCUAGGGGAUGACGGCUACAUGCCCAUGACUCCGGGCAUAGCAACACAGUCGACCAAGGUGGACAACUAUGUUCCCAUGAGCCCGAUGUGUGUGUCUGCACCGAAGCAGAUCGUGAACCCAAGAGUUCAUCAGCAGACUCCCUCCAGCAGAAGCUACAAGAACAACUCACCCUGCAGUAACUCUCUGGAGGACAACGGCUACAUGAGGAUGUGGUGUGGCUCCAAAACCUCCAUGGACAGUCCAGACCGGCACGGGGAGUACAUGAACAUGUCGCCGGGAAAUCCACCUCAACUGCAAACACCACCUGAUUAUUACCCAGGCGGAAUAGCCGGGGAACCGACAUCACUGAGGCCCACGUACCAGGCAAGCUCGCUCACCCUCCCAGCCAAACUCCAGGCCUCCAAGAGUGACGACAAUAACCAGUAUGUGUUGAUGAGUCCUCAAACACUGAGACAGAGGACUGAGUCCAGCUACUACUCUGUAAUGCAGCCAGCGUCGGCACAGAGCUUUCCAACUGUGCCGUCCCCCGGCAGGCACGGUCGUUCAGAAAGUUUAGCCUACAGGGGGAGAAACGGCCGACCCAACAGGCUGGCUCUGGACUCCCUGCGAACCCUGCCAAGCAUGAAUGAGCACCCCCAACCAGGAGAGCCUCGAAGCCCCGGGGAGUACAUCAACAUUGACUUCAGUGGCUCCAGGUUCUCCCCUCCUUCUACGGGGAGCCAGUCUUCUUCUCUUGGUUCCACAGGGAGUGACCCUCGGAGAUCCUGUCUGACCGACUACAUCAACCUGGAGCUGAACCAGCACUCGCCCAAGGAUUCGGACACUCCAGUGGAGCACCUGGGUCCACUCCCAGAGCUGUCCUUGUGCCCUAACUCAGAGGAAGGAGAUGCCUCCUACCAUCUACAUGAAAAGGAAGCCACUCUUGGUGACCAGGUGACAAACGACUACACUGAGAUGACGUUUGGCAGAGGUCGAUCGCCGAUACAGCAUUUUCCACAAAACACGUCAAGCCAGAGCAGCCGUGAGAGGAGAUCUUCUUUGGAGGAUCAGGGAGUCCCAGGUGGCAUCGGAGUUUUCCUCCUUGGGGCACCUUCUCCGUCUGUAGACCCUGACUGCUCAGCUAAGGUGAUCCGCGCCAACACGCAGGGACGUCGGCGCCACAGCUCGGAAACCUUCUCCUCCACGACGACUGUGACGCCCGUCCUGUCCUCCUUUCCUCGUGGUGACGUGGUGAAGAGGCACAGCUCAGUGGAAAACAUCUCAUCCCGGAGCAGCGAGGGCUCUGACGAAGAGUAUGGCAGCCCGGGGACCCAGCAGAGCUCUGCAGGUUACCCAAAUGGAAUCAGCUACAUUGCCUUGAACCUGCUGGACAACCGGGGAGUGGAGAAAUGUGAGGAUCUGGUUGGCUUCAAACCCGCAAGCAGCUGCAAAGGGGUUAUCAAUGGAUUACACAGCACGCCAUAUGUCUGUUUGGGAUUCAAGGAGGCUGCAACCACUGCCAAAGACUGAAGGCUUCUGCUUGUCCCCCCAACUUCGACUUCCCUGAGCUGCAUUUUGGAAGUGAAAAUCAACUUCAGACGUCCCCCCCCUCACCGGCCUCUGUGACUCUUAGAGACCCCUCAACACGUCAACACACUCUUUGGAAGCAGAUCAUCAUCUAUGCAUGACAUGGACUGUGUGAGUGUAUGUAUGAGUGUGUGCGUGCGCGUGCGCGUGUGCAUCAGCACAUCCAGAGGCCACUUAUUCCUGUGACCCAAAUCUCAGCACAAGCACAGAAGCAAAGAUAGUCAGAAACUCUUUACGGUACCCUAUUUAUUGACUUGAGGUUAGCUUGUACGCGCGAGUGCAUGUUUGUGACCAGCUGGUAUGAGAGUGCGGAGAGGUACACUGAGUCUUUUACUGUGUUGAGAUGUUAUUUAUUUUUCAAAGAUGAAUGUCUGAUAAGAUCGAACCCAAAUGCCUUAAUGUCUAUAUUGUUACUAUGUUUUCUAUGGAAUAAGAGAUGACGAUUCUAUCGCAGUAUAUUUGGACCUAAUUCUAUAUUGUUAUUCUUUUGUGGAAACGUGAACAGAAAUAGUUUACCAUUAUAAGAUAUUGUUUCAGAAAUGUACAGGACGGUGGGCUGCUUCAGAUCUGAUUUAUCGUAUUGAUAUAAAAGUAUUUUCUUAAUUAUUCAAAUGUUAUUUAUUCUAGUUUUCUGCCGAUGAUGAAAAAGUUUGGACUUAAAGACAUAUAUUUGUAGAUGUCUAUAAAGAGUUAUGCAUGUGUUUGUCAGCUCCGAGGCAACCGCAGCCGUUUGAUGGCACAGUACCUCCCACAGUUCCUCAGUCACUUGAGCCUGAAAACCUCACACACUCCUACCUUCAGUCCUGCAGCCUGCUGUUUAGCUCCAUGUUGAUGGCACAACUGAAGGCGGAAGGGUGAAGCCGAUAGUGGGUGACAGUUGAGAUGUGGUCGGCCGGUGAAUGAAUAAACGCGGCCCCUGUAGGGACGCAGCUGGCGCCACCACCAUGCCAAUAGCUGUCCCCGCACCACCAUUGUAAAAUGCCAUUGUAUACUACAUUCAAACGUAUCUUUACUAUUGAGAAUUCUUAAAAUUGCUGCGUCAUUGCGAAACCUAAAGCUAACCUGGAGGAAAUUACCUCCUUUAUUUUGCUCUUAAUGAUUACAGGUUGAUGUAGUUAAAACAAGGGAUGCACCGAAUAUUUGUUGGCUGAGUAUUUCUAUAGUAAAUAGUGACAUGUGACACAAUGAAGCCACAUGCUGAGCAGCCUGAGCGACGAUUUUCACUUCUAGUGGACAAAGCCAUGUUUUGAAAUCCAUUUUUCAAAUGCCAAAACAUGCUCUGUGAGGGCACUUCUGACAACCCCCGUUCUCAGAGGCGCCGUUGUAGAUCUGGCAACAAAAUCCCCUACUUCAACACAAGUCGAAAUGAUUUUGACUCUCCGACCAAUGUCUCACACCUUUCCUCUUCGUCGUCCAUAGCCUCAACUAUCAAGCGCGGCUGCUUCCGAAUGUCGCCAUGGCGACGCUUCAAUGUAAAGUCUGCAUAAAGUGUCGAACUUUUCGGAUAUUUUUAAGUGUUGGAGAGCAAGAAUAGUAGUUUACAACGAGUGUUCAACCUAAUGAUCUAGAGCCUUCUGUUUACACUAUUAGCCUGGUCACUGUGGCUAAGCUAACUUGUCCCAAAAUAAUUGGGUAAUAAGUCAUUUGUUGUGGGUUUAUCUACUUAAAUGCAUUUUUUGAAUGCAAGUUUUCUUUGAAGAACUCAUAUAAAUUAAAAGCUUUUUUUGUUUUUUGGAAAGCAAAGACUGAAAUUUUGACUUUCUUUGAAAAACAUAUGUACAAAUGUAUUCUAGACUAUGCAAUAUUUUAAAAAGUAAAACGCUUAAUAACCACAUUUGUUAUUUUGUAUUUGAACAGCAUUUAAAAUUUGACUCUUAUUUGACCACAUUUUCAUUUCGGUGCAUCCCUAAAUAAAACAUGAAAAGCUGAUGAAUCUCGCUUAGUUCGAUGAGUUCGGUCACACCAUCGUAUAUCGGCAUAGAGUUCCAUGUUUGGCUUUUAUUUUUUUAGUCAACCCUUCAAAGAAUCUAGCGCUGGAACGUGUUAGCAGUGCGCUAAAUAUCCAAAAGCUACUGCCAUUCCAUUGGCCGGCUCAACUGUGUGUGUCUGUGCGUUUUAGAGUACAAACUGUUCCCACUGUAACUGGCACCUGUCGUGUUCUGUUCUUCAUUCAACUGGUCAGAAUGUAUCACUGGGCUAGUAGAACCAUGGUUGACCCGGUUCUCAACGGUGAAUGAUACUGGAGCUGCGCCAUGCUACCUUGUAGUGUCUAUUUAUCUUCUUGAAUGUGUAUAUUAUGUACAUAAAGAGUUUAACUGAAACUGUUGAUAGAGCAUUUUGUUGCGAUGAUCUCCUGUGAAAAGACUUUGGCUACUGCUCUUUUUUCAGAACUUUAUUUUGUUUGUUUUGCUUCGGGGUUGUAAAGUGUAUUGUAUGCUUUCCCCUUCUCACAUGAACUAUAUGAUAAAAAAAAAAAGUCUAUUUUAUUAUAAAGCUCUCUUUGCCUUGUUGACACACUUUACCUGACGGCAUAUGCAAUAGUGACAUGAUACAAUCUAGUUUACAACUGUGGAACCAAAUGUAACACCGCAUCAUAGAGAUCUAGUUCUUUUAGCUCCUUUUGAGUCUCAUCUCCCGCCAAGUGUUCUUGUCUUUCAGCGCUGGAAACGGUUCUUCACUCGUCUUUACUUUCUCCCCUCGUUUUGCUUUUCUUCUGCAGACUGAUCUUGCAUUGAAUGUGUCUUUGUCUUCCAUUGUACAUAGUUCAAUAUACUGUUUAAUGUGAUGCUCACUAAAAGAUGAUUCUAAUGAUUUGUCAUGAUUUAUUGUAGUAUUGCUUUCGUCUGUAUUGAUUAUGGAUAGCAACCUUCAGAAAUAAAUGAAUUUAUUUAAAGAUGUCAA